AUGGCCCCCACGACUCACAUCUCCCUCUGGAGCCUGUUUCUUAUGCCAACCCUCCUCCCUUGCAUAGUGCAGGCUGGACAGCUUCCUACGCAGUCUCAAGGCACAAGGCACCCUCCUCAGGACUCCCAGCUGGACCAUGGGGAAUCCCCUGGGCCCAGGCACCAGAACCUCAACUCUCAGGGCCAGUCCUGGUUAAAUCCUGGGCUCAGAGGCGAACUUGGCACAGACCUCAUAGACUGGCUCAGGCCCACGUUGCCUCCUUGGCUGAGGACUGCGGUGGGGUCAGGAGAAAUUGGGAGGCCCAGAAACUUUCCAAGUAGCCCAGCCCUGCCUCUGUCUACUUCUCCUCCUCUGAGCUCAGUAGUCAGUCUUGAGAAUCCUCCUGGUCAGGAUAGUACCACUGGGGCUGUGUGGAUGGGGCCUCCCUCUAGGCAGGAGGGACAGAGUUUGGUAGAUAAAUUAGGCACUGGGGAUGCAGAGGGCAGGAACAUGGGAAUCAAAUUUUGGAUUUCAAAGGGACCCAUUUCCAAAGACAGAAAGGACCCUUUGAACUCAGAGCAGACUCUAGGACAAGAGACCCCAUUUCCCUUUGCAGCUGGGUCCCCUGAGAAGUCCACAAAUCUUCAUCUCUUUCCAACCCUUGCCCUGGAGCCCAGAGCCCAAAGAUCCCACCAAGAGGUGUCCACAAUUCAGGCGAAGGUAGAGGCUUUGUCCAAAGGUAUGACAGGCUCCAUCCCAGAAGGGACUCCUAGGGAGGACUUGGGCUGGAAGGUAGUGAGCAGGGAUGUGGACGUUAGUCUUCAAGGAUCAUUGGCUGCCCAGGCUUCAGCUCUUUCGUGGAUGCCUUCCACGACAACUGACCAUGAGCACUGGCCAUCUAGGAAUGGUCCUGUGAUCCCAGAGGCAGGCGGAGAGCUGAUUAUGCAAAUGGACUCUGACACCCUCAGGACCAUGACCAAUGAUGUUGUCCCCUUCCCAAAUGACCAUGUCUUAAGCUCCACAGUGGGAGGUGGAGAGGGGCUGACAGCCAAAGCACAAAGUUGGAGAGGGAAGGGUUCCACAGAAGAGAGGAAGCAGGACUCCCCUAAACCAGGGGUUAGGAGGAGCUGGAGUCUAGAAGAAGCCCAGGCCCCCCAGGUUAUCAUCGAAAAGAAUUCAGUGUCUCCUGUUCUAAGGCCUGAAACCUUCCUAAAGCCUGAGCUGACAUCCUCUGCUCCAGCUGUCUCCUCUCAGGCUUCUAGGUCCCUGCCAAUCUUGAUCUCAGACAAUCAGCUUCCCUCAGCCCUGGCUGAAGAGCCUGACCUCAGGACCGGACGUUGGAGUGCCCAUUUUGCCCAUCAGAUCAGCACCCAAAAGGCUCUGCUCAGCCCCCAGACUGAGGACUCCGACCAUGAGAGGAACACUUCCUCUGCUACAAUUCUCCCCAGCUCCAUGUCACCAUCAGCUUCCCCUGGCUCCAAUACCACAGAUCCAUUGUCUCCUGGGCCAGAGACCCUGCUCUUGGAGGGAGCUGAGCUGAUUUCCCCUCAGCGAGUAAGAGGGGCUGUGGAACCUCCACAUUCUUUGAAUUUCAGCACUGCAAGCAUUCCUGCCCCUGAGAAGAUGACAAAUGCCACAAAGAGCCCCCCAGGUGCUGGCCUACCAGGUGUAGCGGAAAGACAGCCCGGGGAGCGGCCUCCCCAGAGCCAUCCUCCGGCCCCUCCAACUUCUUCCCAGCCCCCCCUCACCACUUCCCGCAGAGGUCUGAUCCGUGUCACCACCCAGCGAGCUCUGGGGCAGCCGAACGCUCCCGAGCCAUCUCCUAGCCCUGCGCCUUCAGACCCUUACCCAGAUUCCACUUGCGGCCCGAGGACGUGCGGUCCUCAAGCCAAUGAGACGAGCCCCCCGCUGCUACGCUGGGGGUCCCUGCGGCACACGCUGAGUUUCGCCUGGGAGCUGCACGUGUACGGCGCCGGAGCGUUCUUCCUGCUGUUGGCCUUCCUGGCUUUGGCCGGUCUAGUGGCAGCCGCGGUCACACCGCACAUGCCCGGGCGAGCCCACGCGCUGGCCGCCGCAGCUCUAGUGCUAGCCGCCUCCUUGCUGCGCGCCAUUUACUUACUGGCCGACCCCUACGGCUCGCGGGGCCGCUUGGCAGCCCGCACUGGGCUGGUGCUCUACAAUCUGCCCUUCCCGCUGCUCGUGACGGCCCUCGGGGCGCUGGCGCUUCUGGGCCUAGGGCAGCUGCUCCCGCCCCGGUUGCGCAGCCUGCGCCUGUUGGGCGCGCUGGGUGCGGUGCACUGGGCGCUCCUAUUAGGAGCAGACUUGCUCUCGCCCUGGCUGCGCCCUCCUCUUAACCUGCUGGUGCAGGGACUGUCUUGUGCCUGGGGCGCCGGGGUGGCGCUGGGCACGCUGCUCCUGUGUCGCCGCUGGCUACUGGGUAUGGUGGAGGUUGGCCCCGAGGGCCAAGGGAGGAAUCGAACCCCGGGUCCCGAGCCCAGGGUCUUGGCUGUGGGCGGAGCCCUGGGAUUGUUGGCCAGCGGUUUGCAGCUGGCAGCGGCUGUGUGGCUGUACCCGCUGGCGGGGACCCCCAGCCGAUUCUCCUGGCCCUGGUGGGGCGUGCAGUUUUGGCUACGCCUGGUGGAACUCGCCUGGGCCGCCGCCUUGGCCCUGGUGGCUGGGGUCGCUUCGUGCCGCUGGGGCCCGAGGACCACCGAGCACACGUGCUGGGGCAAGCUUCUGCACUACGCGUGCCCCCCACCAGGUAAAAACGAGGUGCCCGAGUAUCCCAACAACUGCUACGACUGGACGGGCACAGCUGGGCUGGAGCGGGGCGGCACAGAUAUCAGCAAGAGCCUCAUUCGCAAUCCGGCGGAGAGCGGGGGACCCCGUCUCCCCAAGGACAGCAAUGAGCUGCGAGCCGGCCAGGUCUUUCCUAGCCCCGCCAGUUCGGCGGCCUCUCUGGCUCGGGCUGGCCGGAGCCCCAGGUACCCCAACAACGUGGGUCCGGGCCGCUCCCGCAGCAGCGUGUGUCUGGAUAAAACCGUGGGACUGUCCCUGAGCGAGCUGGACUUGCGGCCGCCCUCGCCCAUCAACUUAAGCCGGAGCAUCGACGAGGCCCUCUUUCGAGAGCACUUGGUCCGGGACAGCGUGUUCCUGCGCUCCAGCCUACAGUAUCCAGCCGGUCUGGGCCGUCGGGACUCCGCAGCUUCUCUGCAGGACGCCUCGGCCCUCUCCCAACCCGGGGGUCCCCUCUUGAGGCAAAGGCGCAGCAGCGACCCUGACCAUUCAGGCUUAACCCCUCAGGGUCGCUGCUGCUCCUUGACCGACAUACGGGUUGUCCCCAAACCGGCUCCGGAGCCAGAAACCGGUGCAGCGUCCGGGAGCUCGCUGGAUAGUUUCUCCAAGGGCUCCCUCAAGAUCAGCUGGAACCCGUGGCGCCAUGGGCUGUCAUCAGUGGAGAGUCUGCCUCUGGACGAACUGCCCAGUACCGUUCAGCUGCUGCCCUCCCAGGCUGAGCCGGAGCCCGCGCCCGCAGUCGGAGAGCCCGGGGACUCGGAGCGCGAGGCCCGUCGGAGCUUCCUGGCUCUAAGCAAGCAGGUGGACUCGCGCAGCGCCUCCAGCGAGACCAUAGAGCUGUGACCCAAGCCGGGACGGGUGGACCUUGGGGAGCCGGGGCUUCCUCCCUCUUUCCGUCCCCAAAACAGCCAGGGAGGGCGGGGCGUUCCAUCCCCAAACCUGGGAUUCUUUUUUUACUUUUUUUUUUUUUAAACUGAUCUUGCCCAAGGGCGGAAGCCUCUCGGAGUGGAGGGGGAGGUCUGGGGAAGGUGCUGCGGCCACCACCCUCGGCUGCACCCCGGGCACAGAGCCAAGGAAGAAAGCAUCGGAGAGCUGCAUUGGGGCAAGAGUGCAGAUUAGGGGCACUGCAAGAAGCCUCCCGGAGAACCAGCUCCAAAAGUUCCCGCUUUGUGCCGAAAGAAAGAAAAAAUAAACUUUCCAAACCAACCUGCCUUGCCCACCCCUUCCUAUCCUUCUUCAGCCCUAGCCAAGACCUGGGCUUGGCCACAGGCA